AUGCGAUAUUCCAAGUUGUCGGAUCCCGCCAACUGGCUGAAUAUUAAUGCCACAAACGGUCAGAUCAUCACUGCCGCUGUCCUUGAUCGCGAGUCAGCCUACGUUAAGAACAAUGUCUACGAAGCCACGUUCCUGGCAACUGACAACGGUAUCCCUCCAGCCAGCGGCACCGGCACACUCCAGAUCUACCUAAUUGACAUCAACGAUAAUGCCCCCGAUCUUCAGCCAAAGGAGGCCCAGAUAUGUGAGAGGCCCAAUCUGAAUGUCAUCAACAUCACAGCCGCGGAUGCUGACAUCGAUCCAAAUGUCGGCCCCUUUGUCUUUGAGCUGCCGAGCGUGCCAUCUGCCAUUAGGAAGAACUGGACCAUUACGCGUCUAAAUGGUAAACCGAGCGGGCAUCACCUGGCACUGUUCGUAGCUUGGCACGGACAGAAACCAAAUAUUACGGAAAACCUGGAAAGCGGGAAGAAACGGUUGAACUUUGAAGUGGGAUCUAAAGGGCACCUCAGCAACCUCUUACAUCACCAGACAGACCUUUCAAUCAUCCCCCCUCUCUACUUGGAUCGGACCUUCAAUCCAUGGUUUUACUUAUUGGAGGCACAAUAUAGACUAAGUGGCACUGAAUGGUUCAACUGCAAAUAA